AACUUGCAAGUCACUUCCUCAUUAUUAUAUUCAUCGCCCUCUGCAUGCAGCGAGAUGCUCAUUCUUUUUUCUUUAGAAAAAAAAAAGAAAAAGAAAAAGAAAAUGUUGUAUUCCGAUUUUGCCCUUGCUUUUGCUCCUCAAAAUCCCCCCCUCCAUCUUCUCCACUCUCCAUCGGACACAUUUUUGUUUCUCUCUCUCUCUCUCUGCUGUGAUUCUGCAAUUUCGAUUGCUUCGACCGACGAGCUUUUUGUUUCUGUGUGAGUCUUUGGUUUUGGUGCUGUGUUUUGCUGUGGCUAUGGAGGUGAACAAGUUUCUGAUCGGUGGAUAUUUCGACGCCGGAGCGGGACAAUUCUCGCCGGAGAAGGCGAAGGCUGCGGAACACUUUACCAUUGAUGACCUACUUGACUUCUCUAAUGAAGAUGCGAUGGUGACCGACGGUUUCUUCGAUAAUGUGGCGGGAGCUUCGACGGAUUCCUCCACCGUUACUGCAGUCGAUAGCUGUAAUUCCUCCGUCUCCGGUGGCGAUCAUCAUUUCCAUGGAAAUAUUGGCUCCCAGAGCUUCGGCGAGUCUCAACUCUCCAGCGACCUCUGCAUUGAUCCGUACGACGAUUUAGCGGAACUCGAAUGGCUUUCGAACUUCGUGGAAGAUUCGUUCUCAACGGAAGGAAAAGAUCUUCAAGCACUUCACUAUCUCUCCAGUAGCCAUUCAAUUUCGAAGCCUCAAACUCCAGAAACUUCUUCUUCCUCGGAAUUGCCGCCCUCCGUAUCCAUUCCCUCCGAUACCUCGAAGAACGCGCCGCGUUUCCCCGCCGAAACGCCUCUCCCCUGCAAAGCACGAAGCAAGCGGUCACGCACCGCUCCCUGCGACUGGACCACACGCCUCCUCCACCUCCUCUCGCCGGCGGAUCCUAAACCGCCGAAAUCAUCGACGUCGAAGAAGAAGGAGGCUUCGAACUCCGAGUCCUCGGGCCGGAAAUGCCUGCAUUGCCAGGCGGAGAAGACUCCUCAAUGGCGGACUGGACCGAUGGGCCCUAAAACACUCUGCAACGCUUGCGGCGUCCGGUACAAGUCCGGGCGGUUAGUGCCGGAGUACCGGCCGGCGGCGAGUCCGACGUUCAUAUCCGCGAAACACUCGAAUUCUCACCGGAAAGUUCUGGAGCUGAGAAGGCAGAAGGAUCUCCAAAUGGCGCAGCAGCAACAGUUCAUAAGUCACAGUUCAAUUUUCGGAGUAACGAACGGCUGUGAUGAAUACUUGAUUUCUCAUCACAUGGGGCCCACUAUUAGGCAUAUGAUCUAGUGGAUGGUAGAGUAGGAAUCUUAGCAUGGACUUCAUAUUUUCGCAAUCACUUUUUUUUUCUUUUCUUUUUUUUUUCCACUUUCCUUUUUGGGUCCAUUUUGGUCAUAUCAUAAAAAAACAGAGGAGUUUGGCAAUUUUUAUUAUCACCAUUUCAAAAUUGAAGAUAAAUGUAGAAUUUGAGAGAGAAAAAAAAAUGGAAACAGAAAAUAAGGAUAAUAUAAAUGAAAUGAGAGAGAGGGGUUGGUACAAAAAGCCUAGUGGAUCAUUAUUUGAAGGCAAUGUAAACAACCAAGCCCUUUAUUUCCUUUUA